CACGAUAGUGCAGCCAACACAAAAAGAGGGUACACCGGGAUCUUCUUCCACGGGCUUGAACCGUAUCACCGAAGCGGACACACACUCACGCCGGAUAGUGGGACUGUCCAGACGCUGGAACAAGUGCAUCGUGAUCAGUUCCUGCAGGACUACCGACAGUCUUUGUCUAGGGAAUCGAACGUUUAGUCUGGAGGAGAAUCGAUUUACACGAAACCACAAAUUGGUAAUUAGUGUUGAGUUCGAAUAGAAGCACAACACCGGUCGCGACGGUCCAAGCCAUUGAAAGCCUUGGUGAGCGCAAGAAAAUACCCCAAAGGAAAGAACCGAAUAGCAGUAAUCGCUUUUUCUCCCCCGGGGUGGGGGUAGAGAGCUGCGGUGUGACUGUGCCACGGGGUGUACUGUUGUUGUUGUUGUUGUUGUUGGCGGUGUGGUAGAAGGUUCUCACCGGUCGCGUUUUCAAAAAGGGAGAGCCGGUUCGAAAUCGAGAGCGAAAGCCUGGUCGUCUCGUCUCCGCACUCUUUGCGUGUUGAUGUUGUGUUGAGGGAGUGCCGGGAAAAUUGAAGGUGUGUGCAGAGUGCCGGUCGUGAGAAUCAGGGACAGAGGUGGAAGGGUGGAAGGAAGGAUAGUGUAGUAGUAAGUAGCAGCAACCGGCCAGACAUACCUCCCGAGAGGAUUGUCGUUGGGUACGACAGGAGCAGCAGACAGGCAGAACGAGGAACGAGAAAACCACCACAGAAUUUAUCGUUAAUCGAAUCGUAAGGUUUCAUCGGAAAGUGUCAUCGCGCGAAGGAAACGGAUACAAUUCGAAACAAAACACAACAAAACGUUCCGCACGUUACCCAAUAGCAAUAAGAGAGAAAUUUUCAAGGUGCUUAAGACGCGCAGCAGCAGCAGAGGAGAUUCUAGAGAAAGCAGUUCUUCUUUGAAUACGACUUUGCCUGUGGAGAAUAACUUGUCGCUGGUAGAAAAAAAAGUAACGAUAACAAUACGCGCGUAUAUACCACUAAUCAAAUAGAAACCCAUAACACAGCAACCGGAGGAGUCCUUAAUUAGCUAGUUUUGACGUAGUCCUUAAGCUCGCAAAUCAUCAUCAACCGUUUGGCAAUGUUAAAACACGCCCUUGUCUCAUCAUCUUAGUCUGCGUUCAACUCAACUAAAUCGAAAAUCGUCAACCGUCAAAUCUUUUGCAUCUAUUUAGAUUCACACGUGACGCAUCUCUUUUUGUGAGAAGAAAACAAAAUCAUUAAAGCAAAAUCAAACAAAACCUUUCUAGACAAAAUAUUUAACUCGAACUUAGUCAAAUUCAACAACCAAAAUUUCUUCGUAGAGGAAGCAAAACAUAUAAUCUUUUCACAGAGAAGUUAGAUGUAUUUCUUAACAAUAACAACAACAAAAAAUAACUAAUUAACGCACAUCAAAAAACCAAUCGAGCGAAUUCCGCAGUGCGGAAAUAAGAGAAAAGCGAGUGGUCAUCGCGCAAGAUCUUCCUAAUAAAAACGAAUAACGAGAAACCGAGUAGCGCAAUUAUCAACUGGAAACAACAGGAAGCAACUACACGAACUUACUAAUCCUUUGAAAAACGUGAGAACCUAGCAAAAAUCGUAUCGAAGCAAAUCCGGAAGCCAAAGGCAGAACUUUAAAACGAGGAGAAACACGUGUAUAUUCUAGUGAAAUAUCGUUAUUGCUAAAAAAAAACAGAAAAGCUAAUCUAAGAACCAAAAUUAAGUAGUAGGAAACAACAAAUCGGCAACGGAAAACAAAUCAAAAUUUGUUACAACACAAACCCAUACACACACACGUACAGUCUGUCAGUCUAAAAAAAAAAUAGAAACAAAAAUUCCACCAAUCAUACAAUCGCCACCACAUCACCACAAAAUGUCCACAGCCAGUAUGGAUGAUUUCUCCCUUGCAUUUGAUGAUAACCGACAGAGUGCGACCGCGACGCUGCUGCCCCCGGGGACGACCACACUGGCCCAGCUGACGUCCCACUUCGAAGAUCUGCAUCUGGCCAACGGGGGAAGUCUCAGUCCGGGUGGAGGCGGCGGCGGAGGUCCGCUGGUGGGACUGGGCGGCGUUGACAACCACCAUUCGCAUGCGGUUGACGAACUGAUCCAGCAGAACUCCAAGGUGUUCGACACGUUCGUGGCGAUGAUCAACGGACUGGCGCCCAAGGUCGAGGAGCGACCGGUCAAGUACAAGUCGCACACGGAGUGCGUCCCGGUGCCUUCGUCCGAGCAUGUGGCCGAGAUAGUGGGCCGCCAGGGGUGCAAGAUUAAGGCGCUGCGGGCGAAAACCAACACGUUCAUCAAGACGCCGAUCCGCGGAGAGGAGCCCAUUUUUGUGAUCACCGGCACGAAGGAAGACGUGACCCGGGCGAAGCAGGAAAUCCUGUCGGCGGCGGACCACUUCAGCACGCUGCGUUCAUCGAAGAAGCAAGCGAUGGCUCUGCUGGCCGAGAGCCGAAACAUGUUGGGCUACAGCACUCCGGACGAGAUCACGAUUCAGAUCCGGGUGCCCCAGAAGGUUGUGGGGUUGGUCGUGGGCCCGAAGGGGGCCACCAUUAAGAACAUUCAGCUCAAGACAAACACGUACAUCAUAACGCCGAAACGGAACCAGGAGUCGGUGUUCGAGAUAACCGGCCUGCCAACGAAUGUCCACACGGCGCGACAACUGAUCGAGGAACACAUUGCAACGCGGGCUGGAACGUCGGCCACCAGUUCAAGCUCGAGCUCGAGCUCGAGCAGUAGUUCCAGCUCGAGUAGUUCGAGCAGUAGCAGCUCGAGCAGCGGUGGUGGCAACACUGCCACUUCCCUGCAGAGCAACGGAACCCUGUCGAACGGUCAUCACGAUCUGCUCCACCACGGCGGCGGCGGUGGAAACAACGGUGGCGGAGGCGGUGGUGGUCUGCAUGGUCUGCACGGACACCACAACGGCCACACGGACUUCGACACCAACCAGUUCAUCAUCGAUAAUCUGCUGGAGUACUUCAACAACAUGAGCUCCACCUACAACAACUCGCCAACGACGACUCCAGCCGGCAACAACAGCAACGGGGUCAACCACAACCACAGCCACCAUCAUCAUCACCUCUCCUCCGGAACGGGGAGCACCAGCGGCAUCGAGAGCGUACCGGACUUCCGAAACAUCUGGGAGAAUCUGAGCGAAAGCCAGGGCUCGGGUGCGGGCACCGAUACGGACAACUCGUCCCUCAUCUGGACACUGCCGUCGUCGUCGCGCAACUCGGUGUCCUACUCGCCGGAUGAGUUCAUCUUUCAGCGAUAAGCGCGCGCGCAGCGGCGCGGAAGGGGUGAAGUUACUUCUUGUUUCAUUUGUUUUUAUCACUCUCACCUCUAUUGCAAACCAAUCGUCAUCAUCAAUACUCUCUUAUUAUCUCAUUAUUUACUUAGUAAUGGACUUAAUGUUUUUAUUUUUAGUUAUUUUAUAUAUGAAUACUAUAUUUUUUUCGGUCGUGAAUGUAGAUUAUUGUCUCAAGAGAAACAAAGUGUGAAUUCAAGUCCUGGUAAUUAUUGGAACAUAUGAUAAGAUGCGGUAAACGGAAAAGAGUAGCUGUUUAGUUUAGAGGAACGAACAAAAAAUGAGAAGAUUUUUCACACAACACUGAUACUAAGGAUAAACAAAGUAGUUGAUUGAAAUAUUUGUUUUUGUUUAGCGAAAAAAAAGGAGGGUACGACGAAAAUAGGAUCCGGAAAGCUGGCGGUGCCAGACGAUUUGACUCGAAUUGAAAAAAAAAAUUUCUACUGACAUACAGAUAAACGUUAUAACUUUGUUCAAUUGGGGCAAAAUGCUUAAAAUGUGUGGAAAGUAGAUAAAUCAGAAUGAGAAUCCAAAAAUUAUCUCAGUAUCACUAUACGACAGCAAGUGACCGACUCCAGGUGUAAAGUAAGACUGAUUCGUGUCGCCUACCACUGUGUGUGCCAUCUAGGUUGAUUUCUUGUCGAACACCAAUACCAUCCUGAACGAAUUAGGGAUACCUCUAUCUUUUGACCGCAUUAAAGAUGAUUAUCAACUUUGUCAACAAACUACUUUUACAACUGUCUUAGCCUUUUGUAGAUUUCUUUAAGGUAAAACUGAAAUCACCGGUUGUAACGUCGAUUUGGUUUCGGUACUCGCCCCGAUCGUCGGAGAUGGAGUUGUAGGGUCCUAACCUAACUAAAUUCGUCGGGUCUGAGCCGUUUUGUGGAUUAUCUAUAUCAUGCAUGGAAUCUGAGCUCGAAACGUGGGACAUAUCGAUGAUUGAAGCCAACUGGAGGGCUCUAUCAACACCAAGACAAUCCAAAUUAUUCAUUACAACUUGUAACAGAAUAACACGCAACCUGUGCAUGAGCACACUCACCUGUUUUGCAUACCCCCACUCAUCAAACACCUUCUGUACCUUCCUUCUUGAACUUGGCCCGGACAAUUGCCCAGUAACGUUCCGUCGCCACAAACUAUUGUGGGGUGAGUUUGGCAUGAUGUGCCUGAUGCCAAAUCAGGCCAGAAUAGAGGAGGAACCUCGUGCUUUCUAUAAAGUGGAAGCAAUCUCAUCUUCAAGCAUUCUUCCACAUAAAUUUGAGCAUUUAUAGUCCCUUUCGUGAAAAAAAUUGACGAUCGCAUGCCAAACGUGCAAAUGGCCCGCCAAACGAGAAUUUUUCCAUCGUAAUAGUCGUAUCCGCUAAUGGUACACUCUCUCCAAUCGAUGUGGUAAAAACUUGAGGUCCUGGCAGCGUUCUGGAAUCUUCUUUGACGUAUGUUUUGUCAUCCAUGAGAAUGCACUGGUUGGGAUUGUUCAAAAUACGCUCAUAUAGCUUUCGAGCUCGUGUUUUAGCGCGAUCUUGCUGCACCGAUGUUUGUUUGGCUACUUUUUGAUUUUUCUAGGUCUUUAAACCAUGUCUCUGUUUAAUCCGCUAAAUAAUCCCUACACUGGUUUUGAACCUCUUGGCCAAAUCACGAAUGGAUGCAACCCCUGUUUUUCUGAAUAUAAUUUACAACUUUUCGGUUCAACUCGGGAUUACUUGGUCCAGGUUUUCGUCCACUUCUACUGAGAUCCUCGAAAGAACACUCAUUACCGAACCUAGCGACGAUUCGUUUAACACUUUCUUGACAACCUUUGAAUUUGUUUGCUAUUUUGUGGUAUGUAACACCCUUUUCGGCGCACCAAUUGUGCAGAAUUUUCUUUUUAGUUUCCAAAUCAAUACGCGACAUUUCGGAAACAACUUUAUGGCCGCGACCGAAUGACUUGUAUUUCGAUUUUUGACAUGUAAACAAAGCAUGCUUUGAUUACACGACAAAACAAACGUUCACCCGUUUGUGUGUAAUAACGCGUUAAAUGUUUAAGACUACUUUUCGAUACACUCCUUAAUCGAUGGACACCAGGUAAAGGCACUCCUGGAAUUCAUUGAUCUGCUCGAUAAUGAUGUGCAGCGUAGCAAUAUGCUCGUUACAGACCCUACUAGCUCUAAAUCCCGCAUCUAUCUUCUCCUUGUUGCAGCUGUUGGAUUCAGUGAGGUCCCCUUUUCUUUGGAACCUUGAUAAGGAUGCCCUGCAUCCAGUCGGUCGGAAAUGUUGCGGUUUCCCAGACAUUUACGAAUAAAUGAAGCAAGAUUUGAGCAUCUCGCAUCUGGUAUGCGAUCGGAGUUUUGUUGGAUUUUGUACUUGUACUUUUGUACUUUUGUACUCGUUGCUUCAAUCUCUCGCAAUGAAGGCACCUCUGGGUCUAUGGGGAAAGAGUGUGCCCCCAAUGAACAUGUCGUUGUCACAAAACUCAAGCAGUAGCAAGCAGUUCACCGUUUUCGGUCUUUUCGCCUAGACCGUGGCGUCCGAUGACGCGCUCGUAGUCCAUGUUUUCGGAACCUAUCUUCGCGUUAAAUUCACCCAUCAGGAUCUUGUUGUCACCCUUUGGAAUCCUGUGUUCACGACGACAUUUAGCUGGCUGUAGUAGCUCUAACAUUCUAUGUUCCAAUUCGUGUCCGUUUUUUCUUGAACUUGUGCUUGAGUAGACGGUACACUUCGUAGUUGCUCUCCGUGGUUGACCUGAACCGGCGAAAUUGCACAAAGAACACACCGAAUGACGCGUGGCAAUAGCAAACCAUUCUCAUUGUGCAAGUUUCGGUGAAUCGAGCUUUAAAUAGUCAAUAACAAUGCCGACUACGUCCUUAUAGUCACCAGGGGAAGGGAAGGAAUGUUAGUAUGAUAUUGAGUGAUGUGAUUAGGUGUGUAUCCAUUUUUUUCUUUGCAUAAUAACUAUGGAUAACAGCUAUUACAACUAUUCUUCUUAGGGACUUUGGACUCUCUGCUUUGGUUUCAGGUUCUUCUUCGGACAAACCUUUUGUCGAAUAGAAUUUCUAGGAAUUUUUCGAUGGGCUCUUUUGAUUUCGGCGUCUUUGUCCAAAACAAAUAUCUCUCAAAACACUCAUGGUGUAAGCAACGUAAGGAUUAUCACUUUGGUCCGACUCUUCAUCCGCUCCUGGAACUCCAGCGAAAACACUUUGUAGCUCUAAUACGCAUCUUAAAUUGAUCUUCUUGGCAAUUUUUUUCACAGCAUACAGAGAAAAUGAGAUGGCGUUGGUUGCAAAUUUCCACUGACACAGCACAUUUGCGAAUUCAUUUCCCAUCUCACCUGGAUAUGAGAUAUAUCUCAAAAUUUGCUACUUUUUGCAAUUUAAAAAAAGAAAAAAAAAUCAAUCCCUCUCGUCGCCAAACUGUGGUAACUAGAUAAGUCAGAAUCAAACAAUUAUCAGUAUCACUGAAAAAAAAAGAGAAGAUCACUGUACGACAACUCACCGAUUCCAGGUGAUGCUAGGUUGAUUCCGUAUCGAACACUAAUACCAUCCUGAAUGAACCACAAAAUGCACACCCGGCGAUUAUCUGGCACCGCUAGCUUCACUCACAAAAUAUGCCAGCAAGGGCAACGUAUUGAAGGAUUCGACUGUGAGACACACGAAAACAAGGGUGCGAAAGAGUAAACACAAUGCAACCACAACCAAAAAAAAAAUCACCUGUCAUUUGGAGAACGAUUGAAUGUGACAACAUCAAGCGAGAAAAAAAAACUAUUACAUUUAAGAAAAAACAAAAGCAAACAAAGCAAGCGCUGCUAUUGUGCCCACAAACACACCCAUACAUACUCAAUUCUUUGUUCCCGAAUCUUUGUUACAGUGUAGUAGUUACAUUUAUGUGUUUUUGUUUAUAAAAUAUCCUGAAGGGAAACAGAAAUAAGCUUUUGGAGUAACAUGUGAGAAAGUAUAAAUAUAUUAUAUUAUAUGAUAGCAGCAAAAGAAAAAAAAAUGGAACUAAUCGAUCGAUAAUCAGCAAGCAGCAAGCGCGGUCGCGAAAAAAGCAAUUUUAGCAGUCCCCCACCCUAUUUCAAUGGAAAAAAAAUCACACACAUACAAUUAUUAGGUGGUGUGCACUUCUUUUUUUGUUCGCUGUUGGGCAAAUCGCCUCUCCAGAGUCUGUGCAUCGCGAAACAUGUGUGGUGGAGUUUAAAACGAGAUAUAAAAGCAGAGAGUAACAGAAAGUAAUAAAAAAAUAGAACAGAAACUAUUGAUAUGAAAUAAAAUUAUUUAUAUGGAAGUAUAUAUAUUUAUAUGAUUAUAUUUAAUUAUGAUAAGUGGAGCAAAGAAAGAGAGAGAGAAGCUGAAGAAAUAAGAUUAAAAGAAAACGUAAAGAGACUAAGCUAUGUGACACAGUGAAAAUAGAAAUGAUAAAAAUUUGACGUAUUACCGAAGGGCGGUAUAAAGAAUGUGGAAAUAAAGAAAAGAAAACGUUUAUUAUUGCAUCGUAUGAGAUUGAUUUUAUUAUUAUGAAUUAAAGUAUAUUUAAUAAUUGUAGAAAGAGCAAAGAGUGACGAAAACGAGGAGAAGAAUCGCAUUAGUAGCAGCGAAGUCGUUCUGCUAGAGAUUGAGAGUAUUUAAAUUUUUUCUAGCGUACCUCUCAAUUGAUUGUCGAAAACGAAAAUAAUUGAAUAAUGGGUACGGUUUAUUAGCGCGAGCAGCAAAGCAAAAAAUACAUAUAUUACUUAUUGACCUAUUAUGAUUAUUAUAAUUAUUAUUAGUGCUAAUGAUGAAGAUAUUGAUAAUUACAAAACAAAAAAAAGACCCUUUGAAAAAUGAAUGAUUCUAUUUUUGUUAGUGCUUUUAUUUUUACCGUUUAAAAGUUUAAUUUAUUUUUACAUAGUUUAUUUUUAUCUAAAUAUUUAUAUUCGAAAGAAGCAUUAUUAGAACAACCGAGAUUCCGAGAGGACUGCGCGUGUGUGAAGCAAACGAAAGCGCACGCGCUGGCGAUCGAAGACUAUGGAAUGCAAACGUCGGAAGGAAAGAUAGGAAGGAAGAAAUAAAAGCAAAACACGAGCCCAAUAAUUAUUGAAUAUUGCAAAGAAAAGAGUGAAAAUUAUUAUAUAGUAAACUAGACAGUAAAAUAAUGAUAUUAUGUUAUAUUAAAGGAAGCAAAUAUUUAAUAAAGAUGAAGAAGAACGAUUUAGAGAACGAAAA